CAUCUAAAGAAUGGAGGUGUGCGAAUUCGUCUUGUGUUUAUGCGCAGACUGAGCAGACACAUAUGUGCGAGAGAGGAAACGGGGUCAGCGGCGGAAAAGGAGGGCACCUUCAAGUCACAGCGUCGACUGUCGCCUCCCGGUGACUCACGUCUCUCCCCCGUGUCUCUCUCUUUCUGAGGUGGGUCCAUACUCUAAACACCCAUCAUACAACAAUGGACUGGUGGAGACUCAACUCGUAGAACCAUCCUGCAACUGUCCGGGGGGAGCCGAGUAUAGAAGAGGGACAUCGGGACAAAUCAAUGAAUGUUUCUUGUCCUGCACUUCAGACAACCAGCAGCGCACAGUGUGUAAAUGCGCUCGGCUUCUGAUCAGCGCUCUAAAUGUUGAGCCUCGGUUCUUGACAGACGUCGUUGUGGUGACUCGAUUUCUUCAUCUACCCGCUGAGCGGAUGGAGUGAAUUGUGCAAAAGGGGAGGGAGAGAGCGCACCGUUUGGCUGCGUGUGAUGAUAGGAGACACAAUGACGCUCUUGUCUCUUUUGGGUCGGAUCAUGCGAUAUUUCCUCCUCAGGCCGGAGACGUUGUUUCUGUUGUGCAUCAGUCUGGCGCUGUGGAGCUACUUCUUUCACACCGACGAGGUGAAAACCAUCGUCAAGUCCAGCCGAGAUGCCGUGAAGAUGGUGAAAGGGAAGGUGGCGGAGAUGAUGCAGAAUGACCGGCUCGGAGGCCUCAGCGUCCUGGACGCGGAGUUCUCCAAGACCUGGGAUUUCAAGAGCAACAACGUAGCCGUCUACUCCAUACAGGGCAGGAGAGAUCACAUGGAGGACCGCUUCGAGGUGCUCACCGACAUUACCAACAAGACCCACCCGUCCAUUUUCGGGAUAUUCGACGGUCAUGGUGGAGAGGCUGCAGCCGAUUACGUGAAGGCCCAUCUGCCAGAGUCGCUGAAGCAGCAGCUGCAGGCCUUCGAGAGAGAGAAGAGAGAGAGCGCCCUCUCUUACAACAGCAUCCUCGAGCAGCGCAUCCUGGCUGUGGACCGAGAGAUGAUUGACAAACUGUCGGCCAGCCACGAUGAAGCAGGGACAACAUGUCUGGUAGCGCUGCUCUCAGACAGAGAGCUCACAGUGGCAAAUGUUGGAGACUCUCGCGGGGUGCUGUGCGACAAAGAUGGGAACGCUGUCGCACUGUCACACGAUCACAAACCAUAUCAGCUCAAAGAACGCAAGCGGAUCAAGAGGGCAGGAGGUUUCAUUAGUUUUAAUGGCUCCUGGAGGGUGCAGGGGAUCCUGGCAAUGUCCCGCUCUCUCGGGGACUACCCACUUAAAAACCUCAACGUAGUCAUCCCUGACCCCGACAUCAUGACCUUUGACUUGGACAAACUGCAGCCAGAGUUCAUGAUCCUGGCUUCAGACGGCCUGUGGGACGCCUUCAGUAACGAAGAGGCCGUGCGAUUUGUCCGGGAGCGUCUGGAUGAGCCUCACUUCGGUGCUAAGAGCAUUGUUCUCCAGUCCUUCUACCGCGGCUGCCCCGACAACAUUACUGUAAUGGUGGUGAAAUUCAAGAGCGGAGCUGGAGGGAGCAGCAAGGGAGGGCAGUAGGUCAAGUUUAGAGCUCACGCUGUGAUCAAUGUUGUCUAUGAGUUUCCCCAUCUUAUGGAUGGAGCCGCAAGAGCGGAUAUGAAGUACUGACACAUACAGACAAACGCACACACAAACAUGUGUAGAAUAUUUUUUUUUUGUUUGUAGGUUUAUGACUGAGAUAAGGGCAUGUACAUUUACAAUAUAGAUUGAGUAACCAUCUGUUGACUUAAUUAUGGACUGAUUCUAAUAUAGAAGUUCUUCAUCAGUAAAGUAGAGAUGCAUAAAAUGCUGGACACCAAACAAGGAUUUCUCUUUACCAGCACACUUAAGACGGGCUGAUUUAUUGCUGUUUACUGUACAUGCACAUGAACGGUACAGCUCCACUGGAAGCUUCUUUAGUGGAGGCUUCGACUAGUGCCUAUUAAGAGUCACUUGUGCAACUACAGGAAGCCACUGUAAAAUGCUUUUUGCCAGGACCACACUGCUUGCUGCAUUUUGAUGACGCUCUCUCAUAAUUUACGCCCUGACUCCCAAUGUUGACCCUAGAAAAGUGACUCCAGUUGAAUGCUUUAUUUAAAAAGGUAGAGUUGGAGAUCCUGGAAAAACAGUUGAAUUGAAGCCGCUUUCUUCAGACUUCCCUCCGAAGCAACGUCUCCAGAGCACAACGAACACAGAUUCACGAGCACUGCGCAGCAUCGGUAACUUUCGGUACUUUGCGGUGGCGCUUAAGUUUUUUUGGAUACUUGUUCAAUUGACAACAACAACAAAUACUCUCAAAAGUUCACGUAAGACGUAAAGUUAACUCACCGGUCCAGUAGAAACAUGGCCACCGUGUCGUCACUUUGCAGCCACCGUUUAAACGCAGCAUGUUCACUCUGGUCUUGGAUCGCUCUGCAUCAGCCUUUUUCUUGGCAGUAACGUUCCCAAAAAAAGCGUCUUUCGUUUCGUUUUCGCGCCAUAACGUUGCUGCAACCGCCUCGUUGGAUUUAGCAAGCUAGCAAACGCUCUGGUGCUGUCUUCUGAGCAUGCGUGAUUAGUGCAUGAUGAGGUGUACGCGCACGGGCAGGCGGCAGUUUGAUUGAUGAGUCACGAUCAUUUAUUCGGCCGUUCAGUGUCAUUGGAUGGUGUUUUUACAGGCCUGUCCGCUCCACGGGUGACUGGCAGUUUAAAUUUCUGUGACAAUGCAGUCGUUAAUUGGUUACAAUCGGGUUGUGAAGAGGAUUUUAAGCAAUACAGUAAAAACAAAAGCUCCAGACAAUGAUCUCUUUACUCAUCCCAUGAAGACUCGAGAGGUGGCUGUCAGUCACAUGUCGUUGCGUCGCCCAGCUGCAUUCAGCCUCACGUCACCCUGGUUCCUAAAAUCUGGCGGCCACCACGGUGUGUAAAAAUAAAUAGAAGCUGUCAGAGAUGAUUAGACUUAAUCUGCGCUGGGGUUUGAUUUCCUGUCAUUUUGAGAUGUCACACUGCGCUCUCACGACCCUGUAAAUCAAAGAUGACUUAUCUUUGAGCUGGAGAUGAAUUUAUUCAACAAAAUAACAAAACAUGUUCAGUCCACUUCAAAAUACUUUUACCAUUUCAUUAUUUUAAUAUAAUUUGUGGGUGAAGUUGCAUGUUGCAGCUGAAUAGCCCUCACCUCGCCAGUCCUCUCCCAAGUAUGUUGGAAACACCUAUGUUGCCUUCGAUUAGCAUCAAAACUCAUGAAAACAAUUUGUCGAUUGUCAAAAACAUGGUGGUCCAAAAUGGUGGCCUCUGUAGAGCUGACUCUGCUCAAACUAAUGAAAAAGAACAAUUAAUAUAAAAAAUCUAAUUAUCAUUAUUCUACCUUCGAUUUCUGAAAACAACGUCAAACAAAUUGUUCACACUAGCCUUUUAAGAAUAACAUCGGUGUGUUUGUGAAAAAGAGGAUGCAAAGAAUUCAAACUGUGUGACUCCUCCCCCUCUGAAUCAUCACACUAAUGAUCCAUCCUAAUCAUGCAACACACACAUAUGCAGACAAACACAUGCAGUGAAGAAUGAAGUUAUGAGAAGAAAAAAAAAUGUAUAAUGCACUUUUCAGAUGUUUAUUUUUUUGGAAUGGUAAAUUCUUUUUACAUAUAUAGCAGCAAUUGUAAAUACUGUAUAUCCUCAGUAAUGCAAGAGGGUUUUAAUGUAUGUAGAAACACGUUUAGUCCCUGACCUUUACCUCUUGAUGACAAUUUUAUGGAGCGACACUGGGAAAAGAAAACAGUUGACGAGCUUAAAAAAAAACAAUACUUCAGUUGGAUCUGUCUGUUAAAAGAAAAGUAAGUUGCUCACCUUAGUAUGAAUCAACUUAAUUGAUUCAUACUAAGUAUUUUUUUAUGUUUGUCAACGGUUUUCUUUUUUCCAGUGGAAUAUGAGCUAAUCUGAAGUGAUUUUAAACUCUAGAUCUGUAUCAGGGCAUGUGCUUUGACAUCCCUAUGUCAAUGAACAAAUUCCACUGUUUGUUCAUCCCUGGAUACUUGUGGGCUGCCUUUCACCUCAGAAGCAUACAUGAUAUGUCCAUGCCUCUGCUGCCACAAUAAAGUGACUACACAGUGACACAUCAUCAUGAACUGUACAGCUGCAGCAGGAACGCUAUAGAGCAAGACAUACGAUAGGCUCCUGAACCAGCACAGUCAGUGUCAAGGGAAGUUACGGUAAACCAACACUGAUUUACCACCACGUUCCACUGUGUAACAUGACGUUUGCAUUUUUUAUUUAGCUUCUCUUAUAGAUUGUCUCACGCUUUAUUUCUUAUUGAGUCUUUGUCUGGCAGAUUUUCAAAACACAAUUCUGCAUAUUCAUUGUUUCUGGCCUUCUCUUGACGAGCAGACGUUUACAAUAAAAUAAAUACCUAUCAAGUCAA